GUUGACAGCGUGAACGCCGACAUGCCUGCCCUGCUCGACGCCCAUGUCCACUUUCCCUCCCGCCAUUUGAUCCUGCUCAAGACACAUACACAUCGAUAAUGGAGAACUAUCGUACUAUCACACACAAGAUACCGGCAGCACAUCUGCGAGAAUUCCCGCAAGCUACAGCACAAUCAGAAGAAGAUGUGCUGCACUUCGUCGUCAAGCAAUAUAUCCCCCUCGACAACCCCAAUCCUCAGCCUGGAGACGUCACGAUAAUCGCCGCUCAUGCCGUCGGCUUCAACAAGGAACUCUACGAGCCCCUGUGGGAAGAUCUUGCCGCACAAGCGAAACGCCAAGGCUGGCGCAUUCGCAGUAUUUGGAUGUCCGAUGUAGCAUGGCAUGCCGAGAGCUAUGCAUUGAACGAAGAUCUGAUAGGCAAUGAUCCUGGCUGGUAUGAUCAUUCACGAGAUCUCGCCAACCUGAUCAAUAUCAAGCGAGCGGAAAUGCCCAGACCGAUCAUUGGUCUAGGGCACAGCAUGGGUGGCAACCAAAUCACUAAGCUUGCUAUGGACCAUGCUUCUCUUUUCACGACCCUGAUCCUGAUCGACCCUGUCAUUCAAAUGAGAUCAGCCGAAAUUUCCAAAGAACAACCACGAGCCAGCGCAGCAGUAGCUUCGACAUACCGCAGACAAAUCUGGCCUUCACGAGAAGAAGCUACAAAAUCAUUCCUCAAGUCCGCCUUCUACAAGAUCUGGGACCGACGCGUGCUGGACCGAUGGGUCUCGCACGGCCUACGAGAUUGCCCCAACGCAGAUUUCCCCGACGCGCAGCCCGGACAAGUCAGUCUCGCAACGCCAGCAGCGCAAGAAGUUUGGUCUUUCCUGAGAACAAAUUACGAUGGUUACGGUGUGGACGGCAAACCCAUUGAUCGAUUCACGCAUCCCGACCUCGAUCCCACAUUACCCGAUCAGAAGCCAUAUUACCGUUCAGAGCCUAUCUUCACAUAUCGUCGACUUCCUGAACUCCGGCCCAGCGUCCUUUACAUCUUUGGCGAGCUAUCAGAUGUAUGUCCUCCGAAAGUAGCGCGGGAUAAGGUAUCCAAGACUGGAAUUGGCGCAGGAGGGAGUGGCGGAGAGGAGGAAGGCAGAGUGAAGGGAGUCAUGUUUGAGAAGAUAGGGCAUUUGAUUGCAAUGGAGACGCCUGGACGGACGGCGGAGACCAUGGCGGACUGGGUUGGUAAGGAAAUGGUGAUCUAUAGAGAGCAGAGGAAGAGGUUGGAGGAGUGGUGGGCUAAGCCUUCGAAGGAGAAACGCUCGCUUGAUGCGAAGUGGAUCGCAGAGAUGGGAGGGCCACCAAAGCGGAAGAAUGGCAAUGGAGGUGAGAAGGCGAAGAUCUGAGCUGAGUGCUGUGAGUGCAUAUAUGUGCAUCGGAUGAGGUCGAUCUGCAUUCGGAAUAUAAGGCGCGAUGAGGACAAGAAGCAUGUUAGAUACGAAUACGCAAGCGACAUUUCCAGCAUAGCACUGUACAUACUGAUCUCUGAAAGCCCAACCCGGCAACA